AUAAUUUACGUUGCGGGAAAUCAUGGAGUUGACGUUUUGGUUGGCAUCAGUGGUUGUAGUGAUGACAACCCUCUACUGGUUGGUUAAGAAACCGAAACAUCUUCCCCCAUCUCCUGGUAUAGCUCUGCCUAUUGUCGGCCAUUUGUAUUUGCUGGAGCCAGACCCAAGACAGCAGUUUAAAAAAUGGUCUCAAAAACUUGGCGAUGUCUUCAGUUUAAAGUUAGGACAAGAAACUGUCGUCGUUUUGAAUUCUUUCGAUGUCAUAAAGGAAGCGUUUGUUAAACUCGGUGACGCAUUCUCAGACAGACCUACAAGAAGUUUUCUGGUUAGAAAUGUGCCGCACAUAACAAAAGGUCUGACUCAGUCGUCUGGGCAUGACUGGAGAGAACAGAGAACCGUCGCUUACUCAAUUCUCAAAAAAUUCGGAAUGGGAAAAAAUAUCUUAGCGGAGAAAAUAGGAGAAGAAGUUGAUGCUAUUAUAAAUGAGCUAGCGAAAGAAAAUGGCAGAGCCUUGAAUAUUCGAUGGCUCAUCAACAUUAGCAUCUCCAACAUUAUUUGUUCCAUUAUCAUUGGCAAACGAUUCGAAUUUCAUGAUCCUAAAAUGAAACAACUAACAACAGUGAUAAACGACUUUGCUCGUUUAAAUUCAGGGGUUUUAGAAGUAAAUUUUCUGCCGUUUUUGCAAAAUCUAUCAAAAUACAAGCGCACUGCAGACGAAUUAAUUUCCGUCUCCUUUAAACUACGGGACUUUGCUACAGUCAUGGUGAAUGAAAUAAAAAAAACUUGCGGCACUCAAUGUCUGGACAACUACAUUGUAGAAUACGUUCACGAGAUGGAGAAAAAACACAAUUCAAAUGAAGAAACGCAUUUAGAUGAGAUCAGCCUUGUUCGUAACAUAGAGAAUUUGUUUUUUGCAGGGACGGAGACCACCAGUACCACAAUUUUAUGGGGUCUUUAUUUUGUCUUGCGGAACCCGGAAAUCCAGAAAAAAAUUUACCAAGAGAUAAAAGAACAAGUGGGAACGAAUCGUACCCCGAAUAUAUCUGACAAAGCACAACUCAAGUAUUUAAAUGCUUUCAUUAUGGAGACUCAGAGAGUAGGAAGUCUGGUGCCAUUUGCUCUUACUCAUGUUUGUGCACAAGAUACAGUUCUCAACGGUUUUACCAUUCCUAAAGGCGCACAGGUCAUUCCAAAUUUAGACGCUGUACUCAAAGACGAGAAAAUCUGGGGUGAUCCGGAAAAUUUCCGACCUGAGAGAUUUCUGGACGAACAAGGAAAUUUGAUAAAGAGAGAAGAGCUCAUACCGUUUUCUAUUGGUCGCAGAAUUUGUCUUGGGGAAUCCCUGGCUAAGAUGGAACUUUUCUUGUUCCUGUCGUCCAUGUUUCAAAGAUUCGAGUUCCUGCCUGCAGACCAAAAUAUUAUUCCUUCUAAGAAAGAUGUUUUUGGCGGAAUUGUUUCACCCGAGCAAUUCGACAUUAGGUGCGUCGAGAGACGCCACUAGCUACUAAAUUGUAGUCAAUACCAGAUGAAGAUAAGUCCGAGCGAGAUGGCAUUAGCUAAUACUAGUUUAAUUGACCACAUCUGCAUUAUAUUCAAGAAAUUAUACUCAGUAGCCUAUUUUAAAAAAUGCAUCGUUAUUGAUUUUAUGUUUCUAUUAAUUUUGCUUAACUGUAUUAUCUAUUUAAAAAAUAAUUAUCAUUUUUGUAACCUGAAUGAAAUUUAGGUUUUGUCCUUUGGAUACAAAUAUUUUUCUAAUAAAAUAAUAACCAAAUACAAAUAAUGUGGUAUAUUAAUGAACUCUUGUAAUGGUCGACAGCUCUAUUUUUUAUUGCUUCGAAAGUAAGAGAGGUGUAAAGUGUAAAACGUUGCUACAUCGGCAUAUCGAGGAAAAGUGAGGUCAGCACAAUGCCCACAAUGUCCACCUAAUUCUUGAUCCAUCUAAUUCUUGAUCCAUCUAAUUCUUGGUCCACCUAAUUCUUUGUAUAUUUAAUUCUUUGUAUAUCUAAUUCUAUGGGACGUUGUAGUCUAGCGGUAGAGCACUGGAUUACUAACCCGUAAGUCUCGAGUUUGAAUUCGGGUACAAGUCAGUAGAACGUCCCUGAGUCCACCCAACUCUGAUGGGUACAAAACUCACACCGUCAGGUUUGAAAAGGGAACCUACUUUUUUUAAAUAUUUAAUUCUUGGUUCAUCUAAUUCUUGGUUCAUCUAAUUCUUGGUCCAUCUAAAUCUUUGUUCAUUUAAUUCUUGGUCCAUCUAAAUCUUGGUCCAUCUAAUUCUUGGUCCAUCUAAUUCUUGGUCCAUCUAAUUCUUGGUCCAUCUAAUUCUUGGUCCAUCUAAAUCUUUGUUCAUCUAAUUCUUGGUCCAUCAAAAUCUUUGUAUAUUUAAUUCUUGGUUCAUUUAAUUCUUAGUCGACCUAAUUCUUCAUCGCUUAUUAAACGUUUUCUAUCUGGUUUCUGAUAUUUUAUAGCUGCUGGCUCGUAGGCAAAUACAAAACUUUACAAGAAAGUGAAGUGACUAUACUGUGAUGUGUAUGAUAUAUUAGGCAAGUUUACCCUGUGGUACUACUGAGAUAGAAAUAGCUGGCACAAAAGUUCCAUGUUUUUCUAAGUCUCAUCAAAAACUGUAUCCGCUGUGCCUCAUUCAGAAUAAUAAUAAUAAAAAAACAACUCACACUCAAAAUUACAAUAAAUAAAGAAAUAAUAAGUUUUUUCUUACACUUUACACAACAUAAACAUUGUUUUCUUUCCCAUGAUACGUCCACGUCUACGUACGAGCAAAUCUGAUAGCAGUAGUGGAGGUCUUUAUCAGUUAGUGUCCAGUCCAUCUCUUUUUCAGAUUAAGUUGAUAACUAAUCUACCGUGCUACUCCAAAUAGCUCUCCCUUUUUUUUAAUAUUACAUAUAAGAACUAAUUGUUUUAAUGUGCUUUGUAGUAAAAAUAUAGGGAAGAUAUCAUGUAGGUAUUAUCAAACGUAGGUUUUAUAUUGCAUGUAACUACGAAUUCUUUCUUAAUUUAUGAGCACUUGGGUUUUCAUCUUUACUCAAAUGCAAUUCUUGUUUCUUAAGUAAUAUUUUUAUCAAAGUUCUGUUAGUUUUU